UCUGAAUUGAGUGUUUAUUUUAGUAACAUCUUUGGGCGGCAUGGAAUCUCAUCCACACAAUUCUGAAGAUGACGACGUCUUUGACUUUUCUAACCUGGAAGUGACCCAUGUCAAUGAUGGCCACAAUGAAGGGUACAAAGAGGGAUUGACUCUGGGAAAAGAAGAGGGUCGACAAGUGGGUCUCAAGCACGGAUUCCAAAUCGGCGAAGAACUUGGUUUUUACAGAGGCUGUGUUGAUAUAUGGAAGUCCGCAUUCCAGCUUGAUCCGGCUUGCUUCUCCUCAAGCUCAAGGGUUCAGAAGAGUAUAUAUCAGAUGGACGAGUUAGUGAGAGAUUACCCACUAAUGGACCCAGAAGAGGAGACGGUCAACGAAAUUAUGGACUCUUUAAGGCUGAAGUUUAGGUCAAUUUGCGCCACAUUAAAUGUGAAGUUGGAGUAUAAUGGGUACCCCAAAGCUGUGGACGCCAAAAACGUUGAGUUGUUUUGAAUAAAGGAUGCCAUCUACAAAUUCCUCACAGGCUGUUUUGUUUUUUGGAUUUUCUUUCUCUCUUUUUUAAUGUGUUUUGGUUUCCACUAUUUGAGGGAAUUUGGGAUGAUUGGUUGGAGCAGCAAAUGGCUGUGACAACCAAAGUCACAAUAAGGGAGUAGAAAGUUGUUUUUCAUUUCAUUUCUAAUACUUAUUCAAGAUCAACACUGUCACACA